AUGGCCAUGGUCCUGGACGCCCAGCUGCAGCAGGCAGGCCUCUUCAAGAAAGUGGCGGAGUCCAUGAAGGACCUCUGCAAGGAGGUGAACUUUGACUGUUCCGAGAGGGGCAUGCAAGUACAGAGCAUGGACAGCUCUCACGUGGCGCUGGUGUCGCUGAUGCUGCGUGAAUCGGCCUUCGCUGAGUUCAAGUGUGAGCGGCCCGUGUCGUUGGGCAUGAACGUGGAUUCGCUCACGAAGAUCUUGAAGAUGACAGGUCCGAGCGACACGCUGAAGAUCCGGCACAGGGGCGACACGGAUGUGGUGAACUUCCAGUGCGAGGGCUCCGACGACCGCAUCUCGGAGUUUGACUUGAAGCUCUUUCAAAUCGAGAACGAGCACAUGGAAAUCCCCGAGCAGCACUACAAGGUGGUUGCCAAGCUCCCGUCGAGUGAGUUCCAGAAGAUCUGCCGCGACCUGAAGGAGUUUGGUGAGACUCUGCAUUUGACCGGAGACAAGGAUGGCUUGAAGUUCGUGGUGUCCGGCGACAUCGGCAGCGGCAACGUCCUGCUGAAGCCGCGCGAGACCGAGAAGCCAGAGGAGAAGGUGUCUCUCACGGUGCACGAGCCCGUUACCGCUGCUUUCGCUUUGCGUUACUUGGUGAACUUCUCGAAGGCUUCGCCCCUGUGCGGUUCCGUCACCCUGGGCUUUGCUCCGGAUGCGCCGCUGCUGGUGCAGUAUGAUCUCGAGACGGAAGAGAAGGGCCACAUGAAGUUCUACCUCGUUCUCACAGAUCUUACUUUGAAGAACAGAGCAUUUCAGACUGGUUCCUUUCGCUCGAGAUCAUCCUCUCGCAUCGACAGCCUCGAGCACAGCCUUUGCCUUCGCCUCCCUGUCCUUUGCGCCUUGCCCAGCAUGGCCAUGGUCCUGGACGCCCAGCUGCAGCAGGCAGGCCUCUUCAAGAAAGUGGCGGAGUCCAUGAAGGACCUCUGCAAGGAGGUGAACUUUGACUGUUCCGAGAGGGGCAUGCAAGUACAGAGCAUGGACAGCUCUCACGUGGCGCUGGUGUCGCUGAUGCUGCGUGAAUCGGCCUUCGCUGAGUUCAAGUGUGAGCGGCCCGUGUCGUUGGGCAUGAACGUGGAUUCGCUCACGAAGAUCUUGAAGAUGACAGGUCCGAGCGACACGCUGAAGAUCCGGCACAGGGGCGACACGGAUGUGGUGAACUUCCAGUGCGAGGGCUCCGACGACCGCAUCUCGGAGUUUGACUUGAAGCUCUUUCAAAUCGAGAACGAGCACAUGGAAAUCCCCGAGCAGCACUACAAGGUGGUUGCCAAGCUCCCGUCGAGUGAGUUCCAGAAGAUCUGCCGCGACCUGAAGGAGUUUGGUGAGACUCUGCAUUUGACCGGAGACAAGGAUGGCUUGAAGUUCGUGGUGUCCGGCGACAUCGGCAGCGGCAACGUCCUGCUGAAGCCGCGCGAGACCGAGAAGCCAGAGGAGAAGGUGUCUCUCACGGUGCACGAGCCCGUUACCGCUGCUUUCGCUUUGCGUUACUUGGUGAACUUCUCGAAGGCUUCGCCCCUGUGCGGUUCCGUCACCCUGGGCUUUGCUCCGGAUGCGCCGCUGCUGGUGCAGUAUGAUCUCGAGACGGAAGAGAAGGGCCACAUGAAGUUCUACCUCGCACCGAAGAUCGAUGUUCUCACAGAUCUUACUUUGAAGAACAGAGCAUUUCAGACUGGUUCCUUUCGCUCGAGAUCAUCCUCUCGCAUCGACAGCCUCGAGCACAGCCUUUGCCUUCGCCUCCCUGUCCUUUGCGCCUUGCCCAGCAUGGCCAUGGUCCUGGACGCCCAGCUGCAGCAGGCAGGCCUCUUCAAGAAAGUGGCGGAGUCCAUGAAGGACCUCUGCAAGGAGGUGAACUUUGACUGUUCCGAGAGGGGCAUGCAAGUACAGAGCAUGGACAGCUCUCACGUGGCGCUGGUGUCGCUGAUGCUGCGUGAAUCGGCCUUCGCUGAGUUCAAGUGUGAGCGGCCCGUGUCGUUGGGCAUGAACGUGGAUUCGCUCACGAAGAUCUUGAAGAUGACAGGUCCCAGCGACACGCUGAAGAUCCGGCACAGGGGCGACACGGAUGUGGCGAACUUCCAGUGUGAGGGCUCGGACGACCGCAUCUCGGAGUUUGACUUGAAGCUCUUUCAAAUCGAGAACGAGCACAUGGAAAUCCCCGAACAGCACUACAAGGUGGUUGCCAAGCUCCCGUCGAGUGAGUUCCAGAAGAUCUGCCGCGACCUGAAGGAGUUCGGUGAGACUCUGCAUUUGACCGGAGACAAGGAUGGCUUGAAGUUCGUGGUGUCCGGCGACAUCGGCAGCGGCAACGUCCUGCUGAAGCCGCGCGAGACCGAGAAGCCAGAGGAGAAGGUGUCUCUCACGGUGCACGAGCCCGUUACCGCUGCUUUCGCUUUGCGUUACUUGGUGAACUUCUCGAAGGCUUCGCCCCUGUGCGGUUCCGUCACCCUGGGCUUUGCUCCGGAUGCGCCGCUGCUGGUGCAGUAUGAUCUCGAGACGGAAGAGAAGGGCCACAUGAAGUUCUACCUCGCACCGAAGAUCGAUGCAUACAUGCUCAUAGCAAUGGAAGUGUUGUCCCGAACGCUGAGCCAUCUCAACUUGUUUCGUCGGGAGCCCCACACGCUCAGCAUAGCUUUGCCCACCCUCCGAGCUUUCCCAGAGCACAUGAUUCCCGAGUAUCCGCCGGAAGAGCUUCACGUCUCUGAGGAGUCUUCCAAGCGUGACCGUCUGGCUCGAUUGGAGGAGGAAGCCUGCCGACUCCGUGCCGACAAUGCCCGAUUGAAGCAGGCUGCAGAUGGAGUGCCAGCGCUGGGCCCCUCGGGCCCCGGUUGCUUAGGGCCUGGCUUCGACAAGCGACAGAGCCCUGUGGAGUUGGUUCGCCAGCGCCGUGCUGUGCAGCCGCCCGCGGAGAUCUGGGAUCUUGAAGUGCGGCUUUUGCCCUGUCAGUCGAAACCGCGGAUGCCCAGAGACCCGCCGCUGGCUUCUGUAAGCCGCAGCCAAAGCCACGGCAACCUGAGCACAGCCGCUGGUCCUCGGAGGGCCGGGAAUCCGCACUUCAGAGGAGGGUGCCAGCAGCCUACCCUCUGUUCCAGCCCCAUGGACAAGGACUACCCCUCAAUGGCGCCGACGAUGUCAACGGUGUCUUGCGACAAGGCAGCAGCACCAGCGGUGCUUCCUGGCCCGUUGCUUCUAGCUGCUGCCGAAGGUGACCCUGGACGAGUGCAAACCCUCCUGCGCCAGACCAACCAGGCUCCGAGAGACCUCGGCCUGGCGCUGAUGGCGGCGGCAAGGUGCGGCGAUGCCGAGGUUUGUGCCAUGCUACUGGAGGGAGGAGCGGAUCUCGAUGGUCCAGAAGGUGCUGGCAUCAUCGCUCUUGCUUCGGCUUGCUUGUAUGGCCAUGCCUCAGUGGUCCGCUGCCUUCUGCUGCAUAGCGCUCAUCCGGAGCUGACUGACGAACGGGGGCGGAAUGCUUUUCACUUGGCAUGCUGCAGCAGUCCUGAGAUUGUGCGCGACCUGCUGGACAGCAACCGGAACCUUGCCUUUCUGAAGGACGAUCAGGGCCGCAAUCCUCUUUUCUACGCCAUGGGUAACAGACAGGAAGACGGGAAGAUGGAAGUUCUGAAACUCUUGCUGGAGGUGAGGUGCAGUGCCCGCGAGGUGGAUGUCUUUGGUCGGUCGGCGCUGUACUACGCGGCUCGUUCAGGUCACAUGAAAGUGGUCGGGCUACUGAAGCAGGCUGUCGAUGAGGAGUGUCCUCCUGAGUAUGCACAUGGCUUGCAGGCGGCUUCCGACAUCCUCAGGAAGAGAAGCAGCGCAGCCGCUCGGGAAGCCAAAGAAGCUCAGGAAGCCGCUGAACAGGUUCAUGGGGAGCGAAUAAAAUGGGAAGCCACCCAGGUUGCCAGGGCCGCCAUAGCUGAGGAAGAGCGGAAGUCACGAGAAGUGGCUGAGGGAAAAAUCAAGGCCUUUGAAUCAGAAUCCAAAGUCGCCGAAGUGAGGAGAGUCCAGGAAGUGGCGGAGGCCGGCAGGGCUGCUGCACGGGCUGAAGAGGCUCGACAAAAGCGCGAAGCGGCAAAGUUUGCAAGGGCCGAGGAAAGGGGAGCAGAGGCGAAGAAAGCUCAGAAAGCUGAAGAAGCCGCGAAAGCUGCUGCAAGGGCCCUUGAAGAGCGACAAAAAUUCAAAGCUGCCUUGGCCGUACUGCCUGCUGUCAGGAUGGCCGAGGACACCAAAGCCUGCGGACUCUUAAUCUCGGCGGCGUCUGCUAGCAUGACUGCUGAGGCAGAAGCUCGCGAGGCUGCUGUCCGCAGUCCUGCUGAGAGACUUGAAACCAUAGCCGGAAUCGCUGCAGACCUUGUCACACAGAUUAACAACCUGCGGCUCGAAAACGCAGUGGCUCUGGCUGCACAGGACGAUGAAAUCAACCCCGAGGCAGACGAUUUCGCCAAGCAAGAUCCGGAGGAAAUACAACCGCCUCUGCCUCCACCUUCAUUGCCUCCAGACGAACCACUCUUGCCAGCACCUGCAGAGCCUCCAAAGGAGGACGUUGCGAAGCAAGACGAGGAACGGAAGGACGGCACGGAAUGCGCCGUCCAACUUGUUGCCGAUGCUGCAAAGGUUGAAGAAGAGUUGGCAAAGGAGGACGCCACCGAAGCGGAGAGCGGCAUCAGGGAGGACGAGCCCGGCAAGCUUGAGGCUCCGAGGAAGGAGGAGGCCGCGGCAGAAGCAGCUGAGGCUGAGAAGGAGCCAAGCAAGCAGGAAGCCCCAUCGGCUAAAGAAGAUGCUUCCCAAACCUAG